GAAAAAGAAUUUGUAAAGAAGCGGUUCUCGUAGUUUUCUUCGGAAGUUGUCAACGAAUAAUCGCCAGAUCUUCGCUUCUCUUGCGUUCGCUCACUACGAUCUCAGACUACAGUAACCAAGAUGGUGUACGAAAUAACCGAGCAAAAAAAAGUUGGGUUGGGCCUCAUUGGUUUUGGUUUAUCCUUUACGUUUCUCGGUGUCAUCUUGUACUUUGACAGAGGUUUGCUCGCUCUAGGAAACUUAUUCUGGUUGAUAGGUGUUGGCCUUUUACUUGGUUGGCAGUCGACUUGGAGAGUAUUUACCAAUGUUAAUAACUUGAGGGGGACUGUCUGUUUCGUCCUUGGACUCUUUCUUAUAUUUGUACGUUGGCCCAUUGUCGGCAUUAUCUUGGAGAUAUACGGUGUCAUUGUCCUAUUCGGCGGAUUUUGGUCAACCGUAAAGGCAUUCCUUUCCCAGAUUCCUUUUGUCGGAUGGAUAAUACAGUAUCCUCUCAUGGUUCUUGAGCAACUUGUAAGAGGUUCUCGUUGAAAAAGAUUAAUCUCAAUCUCAUGGCUCUUCAGCCGCUUGACGACAUCAAAGCCUUUAUCUAUAGAAUCCCAAAAAAACUGUUGCUUACUUUUUUUCUUCUUCUUUUAGAAACAAAAUCAAAUGUUUUUGCUUUCUUCUUUUUUGGGACAAGACAGAGACUUUGCUCUGUUUGUCUUUUAACCUUUGCUCUGCUUUUACAUGUUUAAUUUUGCCAUAGAUGCCAAAAGUACUUUAUCCCUUAAAGAUGAUUUAUCUUCUCGUUAA